ACAUGAAUAAUAACCUUUCACCUGCACGCUUCGCUCUUCAGUGUCUCGGCUCUUUUCGCUCUGUUUGUCUUCCAUCCUUUUCUUCAUUCUCACGCUUACUUACAUCCUCUUUUGUCUCGCUCUUUAAGAUCUCCUCAUUCCUCGUCUUCUUUACCUCAACUAUCCACUUACCAGAUGGCAGCGCUAGAAGGCAGUGCAGCUCCAAGUGCCCAAGUUGUUGGCAAUGCCUUUGUUGAUCAGUAUUACCAUAUUCUUCACCAAUCCCCGGGGUUGGUUCACAGAUUUUACCAUGACUCUAGUUUGCUAAGCCGUCCUGAUGCUGAAGGUGCCAUGACAACAGUGACAACCAUGCAAGCAAUCAAUGACAAGAUUCUGUCCUUGAAUUACGAAGAUUGCACAGCAGAAAUAAAAACGGCUGAUGCACAGGAGUCACAUGAGAAAGGGGUGAUUGUUCUAGUGACUGGAUGUUUAACUGGGAAGGACAAUGUGAGAAAGAAAUUCACUCAAACUUUCUUUCUGGCUCCACAAGACAAGGGCUACUAUGUCUUGAAUGAUGUUUUUAGGUUUGUUGAGGAGAGUGAAUCGUUACAAGUGAAUUUUGACUCAAAUAAUAGCAUUAAUGAAAACACUGUAGCAGCCCAUGUGUCUCAGUUUUCAGAGCCUGCUCAGGAUCACGAUCAUGUUCCUGUAGACCGGGCAAUUGCCAUUGAAGGGGAAGAUGUUGAUAAUGGUCCUGAAGUCUAUGAUCCAUCUGAUAAGGAGGAAGGGUCAGUGAUUGAAGAAGAGGUUGUUGAACCACCAGUUAUAUCUGUUCAGAGUGAGAUUCACUCAGUUGAAGAUUCAGCACCUGUAACUGAGGAGGAUCUUCCUCAGAAGAGGUCAUAUGCUUCAAUUUUGAAAGUAGUGAAAGGUAAUACACCUAGUCGAGCGCAUGUCCCCAUCAGUAAUGUGAAGCCACCACCAGCAAAUACUGAUGAACAGUUAGUUGGUUCAGCAAAACCUGCACCUGCACCUGCACCAGAAACUUCAGCACCUAUAAUUGACAAUACCCCUGAAAGCAACGUAAAUGAGGAAGCUGAAGGUUACUCCAUAUAUGUACGGAAUUUACCUUUUACUGCAACACCUGCACAGCUUGAGGAGGCAUUUAAGAAAUUUGGGCCUAUUAAGAAAAAUGGCAUCCAAGUCAGAAGUAAUAAGCAAGGAUAUUGCUUUGGCUUUGUUGCAUUUGAGAUGCCAGGUUCAGUGCAGAGUGCACUUGAGGCUUCUCCCAUAACAAUCGGGAAUCGUCAGGCAGAUGUUGAGGCAAAGAGAGCUAACUCUCGAGUUGGUGGUGGCAGCAGUGGAAGGGGUCGAUUUUCUUCGGGAAGAGUUGCGUUUCGCAAUGAUAGUUUCAAGGGUCGUGCGAACUUUGGUGGAGGUCGUGGUUAUGGCAGAUAUGAAUUCAGAAACCAAGGUGAGGGUAGGAAUGAAUUUAGAAGUCAGGGUGAAUUUUCGGCACGGGCCAAGGGUUCAAGUGGACGUAACGGUGAGGGCCGGGUGAAUCAGAAUGGAAAUAGAAGGGGUGGUUAUCAAGGAGGGGGUAACCGCAGUUCGUUUCCAGGUUGAAACAGAUGGGAAGAUCUUUUUUGACAGUACAAAAUGAGGGGUUUGAAGAUUCUAAAUAUUCAUGUUCUGAUUUUUAUAGUUGCAACUGCCUAGUUAUGAGAGGAUUCCUGCGGUUUCUAUUUUUUCCUGGGGAACUUCAUAAAAAGGCUCACAUAACAUGGAAGGCUGUUUUGGUGCAAUUAUGUAUUCUUUUCAUAAAAUCUUCUGUAUUUUUAUUACGCAAACCUUUAUUGUGCCCACAUUAACGCAGAAACUCUAGCAGUAACUUAGUUCAAUGAAUCCAGCUGAUUUUGUUGA